GAUGGUGACGUACCCACAACAAAGUUCAGAGGUGAACCUGGAGUGACGUAGAUUUCCCGCCAUUGUGGAGCGUGGAGUUUCUGUGUGACAGCUUUGCAGCCGCACGAGCAGAAGACUGAACAGUGAAGACAAGAUUAAUAUUAUUAAACAUUUCUUUAGCUCGGGUUUUUAAAGCAAAUAUAAAGUUUAAAGUACACCAGCAUGUCCUCGGCUCAGGACUGGCUUAGUAACCCGCUGGGGAUUGUGCAGAGUAUCUUUGACCAGAAAAGCACAAACCUUGAAUGGGAAAAAACGGUGGUGGCUUAUUUUAAAGAGAAACUACAGGAGAAUGAUGCCACCAACUGGGUUCCCUCCUUGAAUGAUGUCCCAUUGCACUACCUGAAACCCAACAGCCUGGUAAAGUUCCGCUGUAUGGUGCAGGACAUGUUUGAUCCAGAGUUUUACAUGGGAGUCUAUGAAACUGUCGACCCCAAUACCAAGGCAAGAGUCUUGCAUUUUGGGAAAUACAGGGAUAUUGCUGAAUGUGGGCCCCAACAAGAGGUGGAUCUGAACUCCAAUCAGAGCGUCACCCUGGAAAGACAAACAUUGUACUGUGUGCCAGUCCCUGGAGAGUCUGCUUGGGUGAAAGAAACCCAUGCCCGUGCCAGCCAAGCUCGCGUCAGUCCUUCCACGUCGUACAUGCCAUGUCGACACAAGCGAAGCUUUGAGGAGGAUGAAGACAUGGACAUGCAGCCACACAAACAGAAAGAGCAGCUGCCAGCCGGGUCAUCUGUGUGCUCUACUGCUCAAGCCAGCGGAGAGUCGAAGAGACUGGAGAGGACGGCCCCUUCAGGACAGCAGCGGCCUUCCCCGCUCGACCUCAACUUCCCCCUGCCCGGAGAGAAGGGACCUGCCUGCCUCGUCAAGGUCUAUGAGAACUGGGACUGCUUCAAAGUCAAUGACAUCCUGGAGGUCUAUGGGAUCCUGUCUGUGGAUCCAGCGCUAAGUGUAAUGAACGAAGAGAGGGAUGGGAGCUUCUCGCUGGUGGACCCGAUGACCUGUGUGGACACAACUGAGGAGCAGAGGGUACACAGCCCCCCUGCAUCGCUGGUGCCGCGGCUCCACGCCCUGCUGGCACACAAACUGGACCACACAAACCCGCUGCUGCCAGUCAGCCUGCAGGGAGGGGAGGAAGCCAAGAACUAUGCUGCCAGUUUUGCGAGCGAGCUACCAGCGGUGCGCGCAGAGCUGCUGGGAUUCCUGACCCACGUGCUGCUCGGAGACAGCCUGGCCGCAGAGUAUCUCAUCCUGCAUCUCAUCUCCACUGUGUAUGCAAGACGAGAUGUCAUGCCGUUGGGCAAGUUCACAUUGAAUCUGAGCGGCUGCCCUCACAACAGCAAUUACACAGAGCAUGUUUACCACAUUAUCCAACAACUGGUCCCUUCUUCGUACAGGCUGUGUAUGACUCUUCACAACAUGAACAGCCUGAGGUUCAUUCCCAAGAAGGAUUACGCGGCCAACAGGCUGGUGAGUGGUGUGCUGCAGCUGGGCAGAAACACCUCCCUCUUUGUGGAUGAGACGGUGCUGGAGCAGGGUCAACUAGACACCACAGGUGUACAGAAUAUCACAGCGCUGGGGAACCUGAUAACCUGGCAGAAAGUGGAUUACGACUUCAACUACCACCGGAUGGAAUUCCCCUGCAAUAUUAAUGUGCUCAUCACAUCGGAGGGGAGAUCGCUUUUACCGUCAGACUUCCAGGUUCCUCUCCAGCCCCAGACUGUGCCCCCCAACACAGAUGAGUAUCUGACCAACCUGCAGGCAGCACUGCCCCCUUCUCUACUCAACAAGUUCCGUGUCUACCUCACCUUACUCAAGACCAUGGAUUACCACAUCUCUGAUGAAGUAACAAAGGCUGUGGAGGAUGACUUUGUAGAAAUGCGAAAGGAUGACCCGCAGAGCAUCUCGGCUGAGGACUUCCACAGAAUGCUUGUUGUUGCUAGAUUGCUGUCUCUAAGUGUUGGCCAGGCAACACUGUCCUGGGAGAGGUGGCUGAGGGCCAAGCAACUGGAAGUGCUGCGGACGACCCGGACAGAGCAACAAAAGUGUGUGAAUGGGAAUGAGCCGUGACCGCCACACACACCCAUCCCUUACGGCACAGCGUCAACCAGUCAGCUCAGCCUCCUGGAUCCAGCCAAGGAAAGGCAUACAAAAUAAUUAGUGAUGAAACUGAAAAAAAAAAAAACAUUUUCUUAGGAAGAAAAAAAAAGGCUUAUUAUGGGGUGGUUUUUUUUUCUUUUUUUUUUCUUAUAACCCAACUAUGAACGUUGUUCUGUAACUAAUGGAUUUAGUUGCCUCCAGGUGAUCUAUAAACACCUCUUGUCAAAUAUAAUUCAACUGUUUUUGUAAGCUGUCGAAAAAAUAAUUUUGAAUCCUUUUCUUUUAUAUAAAAAAUAAAUAAAAAAAGCAACUUUCUAAAAGAAAUUAAAGAAUUUAAUGUUUGUAUAGGUUAGCAUGUGUUGCCUUUAUUUCCAAUAUAAUGUUAUUGGAGUAAGUAUGUGCCAGUUUUUCAGUCAAAUGAAUAGAAUAUGGAUGGAAAUAUGUCUUGUAUACUGAAGCGAUGCAGCUGUUAAGACAUUACAGUACACGUCAGAUUUAAAUCUGCAUAAAAAUACUUAUGGACAGUAAUUGAUCUCCGGUUAGUUUGUUUUUAUAGUGUAUUGUAAUCACAAAGACAGUCUUGUUUAGUGCAAUACAUCUGUGCAUACUUGUGGUGUGUUCAUACGUGUGCGUUUCUGUUGCUACAGCCUGAUUAUUACUAAAAGUACUGUGUUGUCCCCCAAUAAUUUAUUUUUAUUUUUUUCAAAUGUUAGGGAAUGGUUUGUUUUAAAUAAACAUUUAUUUAAAUAUUUGCAGUUCAGUUUACCACAGGUGGUUUACAAACUAAUGUAAGUUUGUCAGCCUUAACUCUGACACAGAUAUUAUUUUGGCCCAUAAGUUCUUCAGCCGAUGCCCAUCUCCUGUUAGUCACGCAAUGUUCCAAAGAUGAUUCACUUAGCUUACAUUCCUAAUGGCAGUAAAAAACAUUUCAUUUUGGAAGCAUUCCCAGUUUCUAUUACUGUAAGUCCCCAUCUCUUGGCAGCUGAAAAGUAUCACCUAAGAGCCGGCCUAUCAGUGGUUAUGAUCAAGUUUAUUUCUUCGUAUUUUUUUUCCAGUUUUUAACAGUGUAUUGAAUUAUGUUGGAUUGCCAAUCAGAUCAUCGAUCACAAUGGACCCUCUUCUAUAAAAUGAGAUACAAAGAAACAUGUCUUUGUAGAGCAAGAAAUAAUAAGCCAGGCUUUAAAAACAUGUCUUUACAUUUACAUAGCUGAACCCAAAUCAAAUUGAAAAUAAAAAUCACUUUGUCUUUUA